UCUCAAGGCCAAACAAUCUGGCAUGUCAUCAUCGAUCUUGCACCUCCACCAACAGGAGGGCUGACACCAUUCAACACUUAUGUGGCAUUAUCGCAAAGCUCUGGCCGUUGUAGGCGGGAUAAUCGCCCACGCGCAGAACCGGCUCGGAUACCCGUUCACACAUUCAGAAAACCACUUUAA